AUGGCGAUAUUCAGGACAAAAUGCCUUGCUCUCCUCGCAGUUUUUACCGGUCUCUCAAUUGCUACCCCAAGCUCUCAUUCCGCAAUUAAAUGCCCAAUUACAAUUGAUGGCCGUAUCCCUCGGAAUACACCCCUCUCAACAUUUGAUACAGCAGCCUCACCCUUCGAUGCAAACUACACCAAAGGCCAAAACCUAACCUGGUCACAAAUCCUCAAAUAUCCCGACGUCGACCCCUCGAAAUUUGAUGGGUCCUCCCACAAUAAAGCCCUCGAAGUAACCAUAAAUGACUUCUCUAUCUUCGUCUCGGGCGGCACAGACGUGCAACACGGGUUCCGUCGUGCAGGCCUCCUCAUGGGCAAUGGUUCAGACGCCAGCAAUGAAGGCGUUAAAACUUUCCAUUGGAGUAUGCGGCAGGAUUGGCAUGCGAGGAUGAAUCUCACGCACGAGUAUAUGAAUGUUUGGCAUGAAGCGAAUGACUACGCUAGCAAUCAAUUUUCGCUCAAUGUAGGGAUCAUGCUAGAGCAGGAUAAGCCGAAGGAUGGGAAUGUGAGCACGAUAGGAUUGGAUAAGCGGCAGUGGAAGGUGCUGGAUAGGAGGAACAAUGUGAUUUGGACGCAAAAGAUUGUUUGGGAUGAGUGGCAGAACUUUGCUGUUACAGUGGAUUAUGAGAAAAACACUUUACAAAUAUAUUACUCCGAAGGUUACGAUCCUCUGCGGCCAGUCACUAAACCAGUACCCAACGACAAUAGUGGUGGAGGACAGUUCCAGAUCGGUAUCCUGAAGAAACCCACAGAGACAACAAGUGUAGUAUUCGACGGGUAUCAAGAAAGUGGUAUUUUUGAAGGCCAAAUUUAUGGAGGCAUCUUUAUUGAGGAUAGUAAUAGGGGGUGCGUCUCACGGUAG